AUGGCCGGCCAGGCCCAGCAACAUGCUCCCCAACCGGCUGCAAGCAAAUCUGGGUUCUGGGCCGAAAUAGAAUCUCUGAAAUCGCCAGAAACCAAAGACGUCGCGCCAGAACCAAGGGUCGGUACGAAAGCACCGACUGCACCCGAGCUUGUUCUACCAGAAGGAAAGAAGACAUUGAUCCUUUUCCUGCGUCACUGCGGCUGUCCCUGUGAGCACCCCUUUUCAUCCACAAAGUCGUCUGUUGUCAGACGCUUCGUCUCUACACACGCGGAUGUCAAGCGCUGCAAAGCUGCGGGAAUUAGCCACUCUCCCGUGGAAAAUAUCCAGUGGAAGAUGGACCGCAUUUUUGCAAUCGCAGAGAAAACCUUCAAAGCAUUGACGGCAGUGUCAGAAAAGCGCAGAGAUAUCCACUGCAUUGCAGUGUCACACUCUUCACCUGAUGCAACCGAGCGUUGGAUACCCCAAGUCGGGGGUGCUUGGCAGACCGACGUAAUUAUCGACCAAGGUCGCGAUCUCUAUGCGAAAUGGGGGCUUGGACUAUCCAACACAUGGCAUGCGUUCAACCCCAUGGCUUUGUACUCUGUCUAUCGCCUAGGAACCGAUGAAGGCAUCUGGAACCGCCCUACUGAGAGUGGAAGUCGAUGGCAAAAGAGCGGAGCGUUUGCCGUAGACGAGGCCGGAACCGUGCGUUGGCAGCACAUCUCCAAGACUGCCGAUGACCUGCCUGAUUUUAACGCAGCUCUCGAAGCGCUCGGCAACCCUUGA